AUGCCGACCGAGCUGUAUGCACCUUCGGGCCCUUCAGGCACCUCUGCGCGCAUCAGCUUCGGAGACACAUCUGAUCCCUCAUCCGGGCCGUCAUGGGCUGCGGCUGUUGACAAUUCUACUACGAUGGCGCCCUCAGCAGGACCGCCAGCUGCGAGCCCGUCGCGCGACAAUAUCUCGAUAAGCCAGCGGAUGGUUUCUGCAUCAUGCGGCAAUAUUUUGACGGGACUACUAGUCACCCCCCUAGACGUCGUCCGAGUCCGGCUGCAGUCCCAAUCCCAGGUUUACAACACCUCGCCAUACACGUCCCACACCACCCAGACUCUCAAAAAUCUGCCUCCAAACCUUGGAAUAACCGCUUGCUGUCGGGAGGUGUUUUGGAUCGGAGAUAAUGCAUCGAUCUGCAUGCUAGGCCCCCAAGCCGGCGCAGUUGGCAGCCAUACACACCCGGCGAUUGACUGCGCAGUGGAGGAAACACAGCGCAAGACAUUCACGUCUACUUUUGAUGGAUUACGCAAGAUCGCGCGGAACGAGGGUGCCCGGGCGCUCUGGCGCGGGCUCAGUGCUACGCUGAUGAUGGGCAUUCCAGCCAACGUCAUUUACUUUGCAGGGUAUGACUGGUUGCGCGCGGACGACCGGAGUCCCAUAAAGCAGCACAUCUCCGAUGUCUACGCUCCGUUGGUGGCCGGCUCAAUAGCCCGAGUCGGGGCCGCUUCGGCUAUCAGUCCCAUCGAGAUGUUUCGGACCCGGCUGCAGGCAACGCCCGGCCAUGGCGCUGGCCAUUUCAGGGCUACCUUGCAGGGUCUCCACCAGAUGACGCUGGCCAAGGGCUACAGCUCUCUUUGGCGCGGCCUGACGCUCACCAUGUGGCGGGAUGUUCCCUUCUCUGGUCUGUACUGGUGGGGAUAUGAAAAGAUGAAGGAGACUCUCGUGGCAACGCGACCAUACACUCCGCAUCUGCCGGGAUCAGACCCAGAGCCUUAUUCGGCCACCUCGGAUUUCCUCAACAGUUUUGUCUCCGGUGCUGUGUCCGGGUCGAUUGCUGCUUUUGUGACCACUCCAUUCGACGUGGGCAAGACGCGGCAGCAAGUGUAUCGCCACAUGGACGACCAUGUCCCUCCCGGAGUUGUCAAUAGCACUCCCGCGCCUCCACGCACGCUGAUCCCGGAGCAACUUUCUCUCCCGAGAUUUUUGCUGCAUAUCUUCCGCGAAGAAGGCACCGCCGGCCUCUUCCGGGGUUGGUUCGCGCGAUGCCUCAAAGUCGCGCCGGCCUGCGCCAUCAUGAUCUCGACCUAUGAGCUUGGCAAACGCAUGGCCCGGGAAGUCAACGAGCGGCGACACAGUGAUUCCGACUCUGUUUAG